ACUAAAAUCAUUUUUAAUCAGUCAGCUCACAUUAACAGUCGAAAGUUAAGAUUGUCUAACUAUGGCUAAGAUUUUUAUGGGAUUAUUGGUCAUUGGACUGGCAUUGCUGGCAGCCAUAGUCUCUAAGAAAUACCAAGAUCUUCAGGCUCCGGGCGAAAGGCCUGAGCUGGACAUUACAGCCUACUGGGGUCCAAAACUAAAAGAACCAUAUCGGGAGAAUCAGGCCAUUCUACCUUUUGAUAUUAGUGUAAAACCAGAGGUUAUAGCUGAUUUAAAAGUCCAGCUAAGUCGUCCAUUAAAGGCUCAAGAGCCCCUGGAGGGUGUUGGUUUUCAGUAUGGUUUCAAUGCCAAAGAACUGGGAAAAAUGGUCAAAUACUGGCGGGAUAUCUAUCUUAAUAAGUGGAGCAAACGAGAGGAGUACCUCAAAAAAUUUGAUCACUUCCAAACCGAAAUUCAAGGCUUGAAAAUCCACUUUAUCCAUGUCAAACCGAAUCUGGAAAAGAACCAAAAGCCAAAGAAGGUCCUACCGCUGCUCCUCAUGCACGGAUGGCCCGGAACUGUUCGGAAGUUCUACGACUUCAUACCUCUAUUGACCACUCCCAGUGAUAAGAGCGAGUACGUCUUUGAGGUGAUAGCACCUAGUCUGCCGGGAUACGGAUGGUCUCAGGGUUCUUCCAAAACAGGAUUCGGGGUGGCCCAGAUGGCCGUUGUGAUGCGAAACCUAAUGCUUCGUCUGGGAUUUGAAAAGUUCCUGAUUCAGGGCGGAGAUGCAGGCUCCGCCAUUGGAUCCAAUUUAGCGGCACUGUUUCCGGAAAACGUUCUCGGCUACCACUCCAACAUGUGCAUGAAUUCCAGUCCCUUGGGAUCCAUAAAGUUGGUUUUGUCCUCAUUCUUCCCAAGUUGGUUUGUGGACACUGAGUACGCUGAUUUCUACAAGGGACUGGGCCACUUUCUCGGAGUCGUACUGGAGGAGAUGGGAUAUUUCCACAUCCAGGCCUCCAAGCCCGACACCAUUGGCAAUGCCCUAAUCGACAACCCCGUUGGUUUGGCCUCCUACAUCCUGGAAAAGUUCUCCACUUGGACAAAUACGGAAUACAAGGGCCGCUCGGAUGGCGGCCUGACCCAGAGAUUCACCUACGACCAGCUCCUGGACAACGUGAUGAUCUACUAUGUCACCAACUCCAUAACCACCUCAAUGCGUCUAUAUGCGGAAUAUGCGACCGAGGAUCAAUUUUCUUCCAAGGUUGACUCGAUACCCAUACUGGCCAAGGCUGGCUGCACCCGAUUCCGCCACGAAAUCAACCACUUCCCGGACUCGGUUUUGGCCAACAAGUUCCUCAACCUGGUGCACAGUACCCACCAUGCGGAGGGAGGCCACUUUCCCGCCUUCGAGGUGCCCCAACAGCUCUACGAUGAUUUUAUUAAUUAUGUUAAAAAAGCCAACUUCUAAAUAUUUUUUGAAUAAGGGUCUAAAAACGUUUCAAUUUGUUCUUCAAUCUAUGUAAAUAUAUUGUUUAAAUUAAAAAAUGUAUUUUAAUAAAAUAAAAAUCUUAUUGAAAAGA